GCAGCUCCUGGCCCUUAGCCCUCUCCCUUCCGCCACCAUCCACACAUGUCAGAAUCCAACACCCGUUUAUUCAUCCAGCCCGUCCCCAGUUCCGCUGAAGAGACGGUUAUUGACGGGAUUUUUGCCAAGUAUGGCCCGCUUGCAGACGUUACUAUCGUUGGUGAGUCCGCCUUUGUCGCGUUCCAGUCGCCCGACGACGCCCUUGCCGCGUUGAACGAGCUCAACGGCCAGGAAUUGUUUGACUCUGAGCCGGUAAACGUUUCAUUUGCAAAACAGAGAGAAAACGAAGGGGAGGGAAUUGAGUCCCAGGGUGAGAAAGGGGGCCCCCGGCUAGAAAGGGAGGGAUCUGAGCCCUCGGGAAAUUCACACACAGACUCGCCUGGGUAUCUGGAUACCCAGGGUAGCUCAUACCCGGGGAGUGGGUAUCCACUGGGCCCGGGUGCUGCCCCAGGCAGCUCAUAUCCCCCGCGUGCGUCCCGCGAAGAUGUCCGUGGCAAGUUCCGCGCCGUCGUGGCCGAUCUCCCAGAAAACUCCGCGUGGCAGGACCUCAAGGACUUUGUCCGGGCUGAAACAGGCGUGACCCCCGCCUACUGCUACAUGGACCAUCUCCGUCCCAACGUGGCCAAAUUCGAGUUCUUUAGCCAAGGAGACUUGGAAAUCGCCGUCGAAAGAGCCACCGCCAAGGAAUUCAGGGGUUAUAUGGUCACUAUGGCGUUUGACACCUCGGAAUAUGUCCCUCCACCACCCCCUAGGCCCCGUGAAGGCCGAGAAAGAGGUGGGUUUAGGGGCAGAGGUGGCUUCAGGGGCGGGUUUAGAGGCGGCUAUGACGGAGGCAGGGGCGGAGCCCGAGGGGGCAGAGGUGGUUACCAGGACCGCGCAUACUCCGAUAGAGGAUUCCUGGAUAGGAGAUAUCUGGAGAGGGAGUACCCAGAGAGAGGGUACCCAGAGAGAGGGUAUUCGGAAAGAGGGUACCUGGAAAGAGGUGGGUAUCAAGACUAUGGGAAUCAGGAUCGCGGGUAUCCAAACAGGGGGUACUCAGACGGGGGUUACUCGUCUAGAGGUGGGUACCAAGACAGAGGGUUCCAAGACAGAGGGUUCCAAGACAGAGGCGGAUAUCAAGGUAGAAACUUUGACAGAGGUGGGUAUCAGGAUAGGGGUGGAUACCAAGAUAGAGGUGGAUAUCAAGAUAGAGGCUUCAAUAGAGGCGGGUACAGAGACUCAGAAAGAGACAGCUACCGUCCUAGAGAAGAAUUUGGCGGCCCGCCAAGGGACUCCUACAAGCCGAACUAUGAGAACCGUGAUAGAUCUCCACAUAACUAACUUGAUUUGAACGUUCAGAAGAUGUCACUGAACACAGUGCUACGCAAUGUCAAAUGGUCCGUUGAAUGAUCCCGAAUGUAUAUGAUUUACUCCUUUUCACUAUUGAACCUGCUUGAUUUCCAAUUUGACAUUUCCUCUCCUGUUGGUGCCAUGUGCUCCCCCGAGCAUCACUGAUACUAUGAUCCUAUUUUCCUUUUGGCCCGAUACCAGUCAAAUAGUGACUUGACGU